UGUUCGAAUGGCCCGGCGCAGUUAAAAAUUCGGAAUCUCCAUCUUGGUACGCUCGAUCGGGAGGAAAAACCUCAAAAAAACGGUUUUAUUUUUUGAAAAAUUGUACCAGAAAAAAGCUACAUUUAUAGUUAGUCAAGUGGUUGUGGUCGAUUUGUUUCCGGUAGUAUCAAAAACAGUCCGAAAAUUUCCGCGGAAUGUCGUCGUGUGAAAACUCUGCGACGAGCUAGAAGUUUACUUUGGAAAACCCACAAUCGAGGAGAUAAAGCGGUACCUACUAUCACCGAAAAAUAACAUGGACAGCCUGGACCGUUCGCCGGAAACUACCGAUGAAUCGUCUUUCGAAAUGGAUGAUAGCUUCCAGGCUAUGAUUGAACGAAAACGGAACGAAGCUAUUGCGGCCAAGAAGGCUUUGGAGGUGGAAGAUGUUUCUCAGGAAAUAUCGGCCAUUUCACGAUUUUCCGGGGGAGGCGACGCAGAUAAUAGAUGCCUCAACGAGUCUACGUUUAUCGAGCAGGAUUCGAUGUGCAAAACAACCGACGAAAGUUUCGAAGAAAUGGAACGAUUGUGUUCGAUGCACCGGCAGACGAUGAGCUACGGUGGCAGUACCAGUCUGCGGCAAGAGGAAGAAGAGGAGGCAGCUAUCAGACGGAUCUUGGAAAGCAGCGGAAAGGGCAAAUCUUCCUCCGAGAUGCCACCUCCAGAGUCAACUAUUCCACUCAAGAGAGCUGUUAAACAGUCCCAAGCGAAUGUUUCACUAGGUGUAGCGGACAUCACUCAGCUGGACGAUGUUGAAGAGCCGUCCGGUAUGUGGGAACAUUCCAUUCUGGAUGGUGCUUGCCAGGCUGCAAAAUCUGCUCUUUCUCCGGUCAAAAGAAUGCACUUGCUGCGCCCUUCAACCAUAAUAGAAGAAGCCACCAUGAUGAAUGAAACGGGAGCAACCUCCAAGAGCGUCAAUACAUCACUGGAAAGCUACGCCACAGCUAAGCAGAACCUGCACGAGGACGACGAUUGCUCCAUAGUUUCCGGUAGCGAAGUCUAUCGAACGGCCGAAGAAGGCGAAUAUAGUAAGGGAUCGGUAGUAAGUAGUACGGCAGAAUCUUCCGUUGGAUUUGAUUCAACGAUCGAUAAAACAGCUUUGGAAAUGAGCUGCAGAAAUGAGAUAGCACAUGUAGUGGUAGAUGAUGACGAUGAUUGCGUUAUUAUAUUGAGUUCUAGCGAAGAUGAAGAAGGUGACUAUUCAAGUGAUCCGUUAAAGAUCAAUGAAAAAACUGAGGACCCUUUGAAAAUCGAAGAAACCUCCGAACUUCUGGAAACGAGUUUGAGUCUCGAAGAAAAUUCGUUGUGCCAAGAUAGCUUGGAAGAUCCUUCAUCUCCACUGUUGGACGCUAUACCUGACCAUUUCAAUGAUACUAUGGAAGAAAUGGAUUUCAUGAUGCGACAGGGAAUGAAAAUCAUGCAACAGAAAGCACAGCAACAACAGCAGCAACAGUCUGAAACAAGUAAAUCCUCCGUUCAAGCUAAACCUUCUAUUCUGAAGAAACCGUUGUACGUUCCGCAAAUGACUAAUCGUACACCAGCCACUCCAGUUGAUCGGUAUCUUAAACCCGUACAGCAAACUUCAUCAAAUUGCAAACAAUCUCUUUUCCCCAAUAGCGCAAACAAAACUUCGUCCGCCCAAAAACCAUCAUCCGCACCUUCUACUGGCGACACAGGAUCAUUCAAAAAACCAAUUUGUCGCUUCCCGCUUCCCAAGUCAGCGAAAAAGUUCGAUCACAUCGUUUCCCCUAUCGGAACUUACAUAAAAAAUACUGCUCAACCAACGCUUCAAGCACGUAUUUUCUGUCCAAAUCAAAACUUGAUCGACGUGUUUGGCAGCAACAAGAACGACAAUCGGGGAAGCAGUAUGUCCAUCAAAGAAAAUUUCACGCAACCUCCAGCCCACUACAGCUCCUCACUGCCUCGUAAAGGAGUCGUCAGCUCCCGGGGAGCCCACGUGCUGGACGAACGAAAUGCCGUCCGAGUUCCAGGCGGCGAUAAGGUCCAUCGGCUUCUGAGCGAUUCACCAACUUUGGUCAUCCGGCACGAGGGUCGGCUGCGAUAUCAACGGGAAACACAGCUGACCGACGACAGUGUAGUAGCCGAUACCAGUAUGGCCGACCUUUCGAUGGCUUCCGGCGACGUCUCGGUGCGUGUGGUGAAGGAUGUGCGUAGGUUCUGAUUUUGGUAAGUCCUCUUGAGUUUAGGCAGAUUUUCAUUCGGUUGGGUCCUUUGUCGAAACAUUCGCUCGAUUUGAGAUUUUUUAAUACUUAUAAUACAGAUGGAUCUUCGGUAA